AUGGCUGACCCAGCUGUGAGUUCCGAGCAUCCCAAGCACCCAGAUCCCUGCAGUGGUGUGCAGUGCCGAAGGGGGUACCAGUGCAUUGACAAGAAUGGAGAGCCAGAUUGCAUCCCUGACUUUCGAACCUGCAAAUCAGUGCACUGCAAAGAAGGGACUACUUGCAAUAUUGUACAUGGCUGGCCCAGGUGCGUCCCAAACCUGCUGUCCUGCCAUCAUAUCAAAUGCAAACAGGGGACUGUGUGCAAACUUCAGAAUGGCUGGCCCAGCUGUGUCCCUGUGCCAUCCUGCCAGAACACCCAUUGCAAGGACGGGACCUUUUGCCAGAUGGCAGACAGUGGGCCCAAAUGCAUCCCUGUACCAUCCUGCCAGAACACACAUUGCAAGGAAGGGACAGUGUGCAAAAUCAUAGAUGGCUGGCCUAAAUGUGUUCCUGUGCCAUCCUGCCAGAACACCCACUGCAAAAAGGGCACAGUGUGCAAAGAUAUAGACGGCUGGCCCAAGUGUGUCCCUCUGCCAUCCUGCCAGAACACCCACUGCAAAAAGGGUACAGUGUGCAAAGAUAUAGAUGGCUGGCCCAAGUGCAUCCCUGUGCCAUCCUGCCAGAACACCCACUGCAAAAAGGGCACAGUAUGCAAAGAUAUAGAUGGCUGGCCCAAGUGCGUCCCUGUGCCAUCCUGCCAGAACACCCACUGCAAAAAGGGCACAGUAUGCAAAGAUAUAGACGGCUGGCCCAAGUGCGUCCCUGUGCCAUCCUGCCAGAACACCCACUGCAAAAAAGGCACAGUGUGCCACAUGAUAUAUGGCUGGCCCAAGUGCAUCCCUGUGCCAUCCUGCCAUGACACACUCUGCAAAGAGGGCACCGUGUGCCAGGUCAUGGAUGGAUGGCCCAAGUGUGUCCCUGUGCCAUCCUGCCAUAAUACUCAUUGCAAAAAGGGUACCAUGUGCCAAAUCAUAGAUGGAUGGCCCAAGUGCAUCCCUGUGCCAUCCUGUCAGAACACACAUUGCAAAAAGGGGACCGUGUGCCAGGUUGUAGAUGGCUGGCCCAAGUGCAUCCCUGUGCCAUCCUGCCAGAACACCCACUGCAAAAAGGGCACAGUGUGCAAAGAUAUAGACGGCUGGCCCAAGUGCAUCCCUGUGCCGACCUGCCAGAACACCCACUGCAAAAAGGGCACAGUGUGCAAAGAUAUAGACGGCUGGCCCAAGUGCAUCCCUGUGCCAUCCUGCCAGAACACCCACUGCAAAAAGGGCACAGUGUGCAAAGAUAUAGAUGGCUGGCCCAAGUGCAUCCCUGUGCCAUCCUGCCAGAACACCCACUGCAAAAAGGGGACAUUUUGCACCAUAGUAGAUGGUUCACCUAUGUGUGUCCCCAUGCCAUCCUGCCAGAACACCCAAUGCAAAAAGGGCACUGUGUGCCAGAUCAUAGACGGCUGGCCCAAGUGUGUCCCUGUGCCGACCUGCCAGAACACCCACUGCAAAAAGGGCACUGUGUGCCAGAUCAUAGACGGCUGGCCCAAGUGCAUCCCUGUGCCAUCCUGCCAUAACACCCACUGCAAAAAGGGGACAUUUUGCAGCAUAGUAGAUGGCUCACCUAUGUGCGUCCCCAUGCCAUCCUGCCAGAACACCCACUGCAAAAAGGGGACUGUGUGCAAAGAUAUAGACGGCUGGCCCAAGUGCAUCCCUGUGCCGACCUGCCAGAACACCCACUGCAAAAAGGGGACUGUGUGCAAAGAUAUAGACGGCUGGCCCAAGUGCAUCCCUGUGCCGACCUGCCAUAACACCCACUGCAAAAAGGGGACUGUGUGCAAAGAUAUAGACGGCUGGCCCAAGUGCAUCCCUGUGCCAUCCUGCCAUAACACCCACUGCGAAAAGGGCACAGUGUGCAAAGAUAUAGACGGCUGGCCCAAGUGCAUCCCUGUGCCAUCCUGCCAGAACACCCACUGCAAAAAGGGCACAGUGUGCAAAGAUAUAGACGGCUGGCCCAAGUGCAUCCCUGUGCCAUCCUGCCAGAACACCCACUGCAAAAAGGGCACAGUGUGCAAAGAUAUAGACGGCUGGCCCAAGUGCAUCCCUGUGCCAUCCUGCCAUAACACCCACUGCAAAAAGGGCACUGUGUGCAAAGAUAUAGACGGCUGGCCCAAGUGCAUCCCUGUGCCAUCCUGCCAUAACACCCACUGCAAAAAGGGCACAGUGUGCAAAGAUAUAGACGGCUGGCCCAAGUGCAUCCCUGUGCCGACCUGCCAUAACACCCACUGCAAAAAGGGCACUGUGUGCAAAGAUAUAGAUGGCUGGCCCAAGUGUGUCCCUGUGCCAUCCUGCCAUAACACCCACUGCAAAAAGGGCACAGUGUGCAAAGAUAUAGACGGCUGGCCCAAGUGCAUCCCUGUGCCGACCUGCCAUAACACCCACUGCAAAAAGGGGACAGUGUGCAAAGAUAUAGACGGCUGGCCCAAGUGCAUCCCCGUGCCAUCCUGCCAUAACACCCACUGCAAAAAGGGCACAGUGUGCAAAGAUAUAGACGGCUGGCCCAAGUGCAUCCCUGUGCCAUCCUGCCAUAACACCCACUGCAAAAAGGGGACUGUGUGCAAAGAUAUAGACGGCUGGCCCAAGUGCAUCCCUGUGCCAUCCUGCCAGAACACCCACUGCAAAAAGGGCACAGUGUGCAAAGAUAUAGACGGCUGGCCCAAGUGCAUCCCUGUGCCGACCUGCCAUAACACCCACUGCAAAAAGGGCACAGUGUGCAAAGAUACAGACGGCUGGCCCAAGUGUGUCCCUGUGCCAUCCUGCCAGAACACCCACUGCAAAAAGGGGACUUUUUGCAGCAUAGUAGAUGGCUCGCCUAGGUGUGUCCCCAUGCCAUCCUGCCAGAACACCCACUGCAAAAAGGGCACUGUGUGCCAGAUCAUAGACGGCUGGCCCAAGUGUGUCCCUGUGCCGACCUGCCAUAACACCCACUGCAAAAAGGGGACUGUGUGCAAAGAUAUAGACGGCUGGCCCAAGUGCAUCCCUGUGCCAUCCUGCCAUAACACCCACUGCAAAAAAGGGACUGUGUGCAAAGAUAUAGACGGCUGGCCCAAGUGCAUCCCUGUGCCAUCCUGCCAGAACACCCACUGCGAAAAGGGGACUUUUUGCAGCAUAGUAAAUGGCUGGCCCAGGUGUGUCCCUGUGCCGUCUUGCCAGAACAUCCAGUGCAAAAAGGGAACCAGGUGCCAGAUCAUAGACGGCUGGCCCAAGUGUGUCCCUGUGCCAUCCUGCCAAAACACCCAUUGCAAAAAGGGGACUUUUUGCAGCGUAGUAGAUGGCUCACCUAGGUGUGUCCCUGUGCCGUCCUGCCAGAACAGCCAAUGCAAAAAGGGGACUGUGUGCAAGGAUACAGACGGCUGGCCCAGGUGUGUCCCUGUGCCAUCCUGCCAAAACACCCACUGCGAAAAGGGGACUUUUUGCAGCAUGGUAGAUGGCUCGCCUAGGUGUGUCCCUGUGCCAUCCUGCAAGAACACCCGCUGCAAAGAGGGGACUGUGUGCAAGCUUGACGAUGGUUGGCCUAAGUGUGUCCACAUCCCACCAUCCUGCAAAGAAAUCCAGUGCAAAGAAGGAGCAGCAUGCAAGAUGGUAAACGGCUGGCCCAACUGCCUCCCUGUGCCGUCCUGUCAGAACACUCAUUGCAAAGAGGGCAUGGUGUGUGAGAUGCUUCAGGGCUGGCCCAUGUGUGUCUCCUCCCCGCCUUUAUCAUGUGCUGCCUUUUUGUGCCAAGAAGGGACCAUGUGCGAGAUGGGGAAAGAUGGCCCCAGGUGUGUUCCCGUGCCACCAUCCUGCCUGAAUUUCCAGUGCCCUCCGGGGACUGUGUGCGAGAUCGUUCACGGCUGGCCCAGUUGUGUCCCAGUGCCAUCCUGCCACCACUUCAAGUGCAAAGAGGGCACUGUGUGCAAACUGGUGAAUGGCCAGCCAGAGUGUGUGCACACCCCACCGGCCUGCGACGGAGUACAUUGCAAGGAAGGGACUGUGUGUAAGUCCAUAGAUGGCUGGCCCAAGUGUAUGCGAUUUUUCAGAGCUGCCCCAUUGUCUCCGCCAUCUUGUGCUGAAACUGCCUGCAAACCGGGCACCGUGUGCCAGAUGGUGGAUGGCUGGCCCAAGUGCAUGCCAAGGAAGCCCUCCUGUGAUGGCAUCCAUUGCAAACCAGGUACCAUGUGCCGGAUACUGGACGGUUGGCCCAAAUGCGUGCAAAAGAAACCCUCCUGUGAGAACAUCCGUUGCAAACCAGAUACUUUGUGUCAGAUGGUAGACGGUUGGCCCCAGUGUGUGCCAAGGAAACCCUCCUGUGAUGGCAUCCGUUGCAAACCGGGUACUAUGUGCCGGAUGGUGGGCGGCUGGCCCAAGUGCGUGCCAAAGAAACCCUCCUGUGACAGUGUGCAUUGCAAACCGGGCACCGUGUGCCAGAUGGUGGACAGCUGGCCUCUGUGUGUGCCAAAGAAGCUCUCCUGCAACAGCAUCCAUUGCAAACCAGGUACUGUGUGCCAUAUUGUGAAUGGCUGGCCCCAGUGUGUGCCAAAGAAACCCUCCUGUGAAACCAUCCUCUGCACACCGGAUACCUUGUGUCAGAUGGUGGAUGGUUGGCCCCAGUGCGUGCCAAGGAAACCCUCCUGUGCCAGCAUCCGUUGCAAACCAGGAACAGUGUGCCAGAUGGUGAAUGGAUGGCCCAAGUGCAUGCCAAAAAAACCCUCCUGUGAUGGUGUGUAUUGCAAACCGGGCACCUUGUGCCAGGUGGUGAAUGGCUGGCCCAAGUGCGUGCCAACCCACAAGUCCUGCGACACUGUCCAGUGCAGCAAAGGGAUGGUGUGCGAGGUGGCAGGUGGUUGGCCCCAGUGCGUCCUGGCAUCGCACUCCCAGCCUGUCUGCUGGGCCUCAGGCCACCCCCACUACCACACCUUCGAUGGGCACAGCUACGACUUCCACGGCACCUGCAGCUACACUGUGGUCAAGACCUGCCGCCAUAAGCCCAAGAUCCCUGCCUUCCACAUCAUCGCCAAGAGCCAGAAGCGCGACAACACGCGGGUCUCCUUUGUCAGCCAGGUCACCGUCAAGGCCUACCACUACAACAUCACCAUGGUCAAAUACGAGUACGGGCUCGCCAGGGUGAACGGCCAGCGGACCCGCCUGCCCGUCUCCCUGCACGACGGGAAGCUCUGGCUCCACCAACGAGGAGGCCAGCUGGUCGUGGAGGCCGAGUUCGGCCUGAAGGUCUACUACGACUGGAACUACUACCUGGUGGUCAAGGUCACCAAGGCCUUCCUGGGCCAGCUGUGUGGCCUGUGUGGCAACUACAACGGGGACCCCAGUGAUGACUUCCUCACCCCCUCGGGGCACCCUGCCGCCAAUGCCGUGAAGUUUGGCAAGAGCUGGAAGGUGGAGGAUGGUGACAGACAGUGCCAGCAUGGCUGCAAGGGGAAGUGCUGGGGCUGCUCGCCGGAGUUGGUGAGGCGCUACCGCGGAGAGGCCUACUGUGGUCUGAUCACCAAGACAGCCCAAAAUGGCCCCUUCCGGCGUUGCCAUGCCCUGAUCAACCCCAAAGCCUUCCUGGAUGAUUGCGUGGCCGACCUCUGCACCUACGAUGGCUACAAGCAGAUCCUGUGCCGGGCGCUCAAGACUUACGCGGAUGCCUGCCAGCGGGAGGGCGCAGUGGUGAAAGACUGGAGAAAGCAGGCUGGCUGCCCUCUGCCCUGCCCAGAGAACAGCCAGUACCAGCUCUGUGGCUCCGCCUGCCCUGCCACGUGUAACAACUUUGCAUCCCUGGACAAGUGCCGCUUGCCCUGCAUGGAGACCUGCCAGUGCAAGCAGGGCUACAUGCUGGACGGGGGUCAGUGCAUCCCCAAGGGGCGCUGCGGCUGCAUCCACAAGGGGCGUCUCUACACCCCCGGAGAGCAUUUCUGGGGAGAUAAGAAGUGCCGGCAGAAGUGCCAGUGCAACCUGCACAGCAGGAAGGUCACCUGCCAGCUCUCCCGGUGCCAGGAGGGUGAGGAGUGCCGGGUGGCCAACGGCAUCCGGAGCUGCUACCCCACCCGCUACGGAACCUGCUCUGCCCUGGGGGAGUCACACUACAUCACCUUCGAUGGGCUGCACUAUGACUUCCGUGGAACUUGUGUCUACCUCCUGGCUGGCUUGUGCCACAAGAACUCCAGCCUGGUGAAGUUCCAGGUCCUGGUGCAGUACCAGAGGAAGGGCAGCCAGAGUGGCUCUGGCACCAAGGUGGUAGAGAUCCAUGUCUACGGCGUGAAGCUUGUCAUUAUCCACGGAAAGGUCCGGCUGAACGGCCUGCAGAUCAACCUCCCCUACAAUAUUGACUAUGACAAGAUCUCGGCCUAUCACCGGGGCUGGGACAUAGUAGUGAAGACGGACUUUGGCCUAACCGUGACCUUUGAUGGCCAGAACCACAUCCGGGUGAAGGUGCCAGCCACCUAUGGCCGCUCAGUGUGUGGCCUGUGUGGCAAUUUUGAUGGGGAAGAUGACAAUGACAUGACCAUGAGCAACCUGCUGCCGGCGCCCACCCCAUCGGACUUUGGGAGGAGCUGGAAGGCCCGGGACAUCCCAGGCUGCAUGGAGAUGGAGAAGGAAGACUGCAUGGACAUAGCGAGGGUGGAGAAGCAGCAUAGGAAGAGCAAGAAAGAGUGCGGGCUCCUCCUGAUCAGGGAUGGCCCAUUCAAGAAGUGCCACAUCAAGGUGAACCCAGAGGGGUACUUCAAAGACUGCAUCUUCGACCGCUGCUCCCACAAGGACAACCAGACUGUGGUCUGCCACAUCCUCGCCUGCUAUGCUGCGGCCUGCCAAGCAGCUGGUGCCAAGGUCUAUGAGUGGAGGACCAACAAAUUCUGCCGGCCACCCUGCCCCCAGAACAGCCACUACGAGAUGUGCUCCAGCAGCUGUCCGGCCACCUGCCGCAGUCUCUACGUCCCAACCCGCUGUCCCAGCAAGUGCCGGGAGGGCUGCGUGUGCAACGAAGGCUUUGUGCUGAGCGGUGAUCAGUGCGUCCCCCUCUCCCAGUGCGGCUGCGUCCACCGGGGCUUCUACUACAAGCCGGGCGAGACCUUCUACCCCAACGGCUUCUGCAAGCAGAAGUGUUCAUGCCAGGCAGGCGGGAUCGUGGAAUGCCACCAUUUCUCCUGCGGCCCCAAUGAGGAGUGCCGGGUAGUCGACGGCAUCCAGAAGUGCCACCCAGUGGUGCCCAGGGCUGGCACAUGUCAUGCUGCUGGUGACCCCCACUACCUGACCUUCGAUGGCUUCCCCUUCGAUUUUCAAGGCAACUGCACCUACGUCCUUGCCAAGAGCUGUGUCCGAAAGGGCUACCUGCCCUCCUUUGCCAUCCAUGUGAAGAAUGAACGGCUGGGCAGGAGCAAGGCUGCUGUCACCAACACUGUGUCCAUCAUCGUCUACAGACGCACAUUCACAUUGGUGCGGAACAGGAACGGCAUUGUCCUGGUGAAUGGCAUCUCCUACUACCUUCCCUUCCAGCUGGAGAGCGGCUUGGUGCGUGUUUACUAUCAUGGUGCCAAUGUGGUGUUGCGCACCAAAUUUGGCCUGCACAUCUCCUUUGACCUGAACUACUAUUUGGCCAUCACUGUGCCCAAGAGCUACCGUAGCCAGACCUGCGGCCUGUGUGGCAACUACAAUGGCAAACCACACGACGAUCUCCUGCGGCCCAACGGCCACCUGGCCCGAGACCUGCGGGACUUGGGUGUCUCCUGGAGGGUGAGAGUCCCCGGGGCGGUGUGUGACCACGGCUGUGCCAGUCUGGUCUGCCCUGCCUGCCAGGAGUCCCGGAAGGCAAGCUACGUCCACAACAACUACUGCGGCAUCAUCCGGGCACCCUAUGGGCCCUUCAGCACCUGCUACUCCACCCUCAACCCCACCGUCUUCUUCAACAACUGCGUGCACGACUUGUGUAAAGCUGGGGGGAACCGGCGGCUGAUGUGCAGGUCUAUCCACAGCUACGUCACUGCCUGCCAGGCCGCUGGUGUCAAAAUCAAGCCCUGGAGGACCAAGAAGUUCUGCCCCAUGACCUGCCCAGCCAACAGCCAUUACAAACUCUGUGCCAACCCCUGCUCCAGCGGCUGCAAAGGAGUGGCCAACAUCACCAAGUGCCCCAAGAUCUGCGCUGAAGGGUGCCAGUGCAACAAAGGCUAUUUCUGGGCCGGCAACGAGUGCGUCUCCAUUCGGCACUGCCACUGCUUCCGCAAGGGCAGGUACUACAAGCCAGGUGAGAGGGUGCUCACACCACGGUGCCGGCAGCGGUGCAGGUGCAUCCCAAGAGGAGGGGUGGUGUGCCAGUCAUUCCAGUGCCCAGCGGGAGAGCUCUGCGAGCUGAACCAAGGCCGAUGGGGCUGCGUGAGACGGGACGGGAACUGCACCAUCACCCGAGGCGAUGUCUUCACCUCUUACGAUGGAGUCUCAGGGAAGGUGCCCCUGGAUGGCACCUAUGAGAUCUCCUCGCUCAUCGACACCAGGGCUGCCAGCUGGUUCCGGGUGGUAGUAGAGUUCCAGACCUGCAAAAAGUGCCGUGCACCCAGAGUGACGGCCGUCACCGUCUACUUUCACAAGCUCACCAUCCUGGUCAACCGCAAUGGCAGAGUCUUGGUGAAUGGGCGCCCUGUGCGGCUCCCAGCCAGGCCCUCCAGAGCCGUGUCAGUGAGCCGGGCAGGGAACAUGGUGACCGUGGCCCAGGGCUCGGCACUGCGGGUUCUCUUCAGCACCAGUGGGGAUGUGACGGUGAGAAUUGAUGGGAAGCUAGCCAGGAAGGUGCAAGCCGCCUGCGGGAACUACAAUGGGAACAGCGCCGACGACCUGCGCCUGCCCGACGGGACAGUCCUGGACAACAUCGGCGAGGUCCUCAGCUACUGGAGAUUCUCCGAGAACCCCCAGGAUGAUUACGACUGA